AACGCAAAAUUAUCGGUAUGUCAAAGUAACCUUAAAAAGUCCAGCUUCCGUAAAUCCUUAUUUUUAUCAAAUUGUUACAUAAAUAUUGCUAAAUGUUUAUUAAAAAUGACUGAAACCGACAAAUUCCAGUUAUAUGUGUUCGAAGGGGAUUGCGGCCUCGUUUCGUUUGACCCAGAAUGUAUCCAAUCGAUAUUGUUGGCAAAAUUAGCGAAAUUGCCGGUAAAAAUUAACCUCUUAAACAGUAUAAGAAAAUGUGCUAGGUACACGGCCCCAAGUUUAAUCAACAAGAAGGUUGUCUCGACAAAUUACAGUGAAAUUGUGUCGUACUUAAGAACUAAGAACUAUAAUAUUGACCAAUCUUUGAGCCCGAAGCAGUGCAGUGAAAUGUUGGCAUUAACGACUUUAGCAAACUCUAAGCUAAGACCUGUCGUGGAUUUUUUCUUUUGGAUGGAUGCUAGAAACUCUGAAGACUUCACUACGAUGUGGUACAUGAGAGCACUACCUUUACCAUUUAAUUUCAUGCAUACUAGACGAGAGAAGAAUAAAGUGGCAGAUUUAAUGGAGGCAUUGUACCCAAACGAUACAAACGUAGAAAUUAUUAAAAACUUUAUGAUUAAAUCAGCUACACAGUGUUUGACAUCGUUUUCUUCAAGGCUAGGAAAGCAGGACUACUUUUUUGGAAGCACCCCUACAACUGUGGACAUUAUUGUGUAUAGUUAUAUAGCCCCACUUAUAAAACUUCCUUUUCCAUCUAGUGAAUUUAAAAAUCUGUUUAACCUGUGGCCUAAUUUAACAAUGUUUGUUAAGAGAAUCGAUGCCAAAUAUUUACCUGAUGUUUCAGUUGAAUCGAAAUAUUUAAAGAAAGACGAAAAAAUUAAAUCUGUUAAUGAUGAUGAUGUUUCAUACACUGCCAUUGCCAUAAUUAUAUUAAGUGCUGCCUCAAUAAUAUUUGGGUUUGCAGUUAAUAGAGGCUUUAUCCAAACAUAAAAAUUUCCUUAAAUAUGUUUUGUAGAUAAAUUGUUAUUUUAGCUCAUUAAAUUUGUAUGUAUAUUUUACUUUAUUCUCUUCAAUAAAGACUGAUAUUAAUUUGUUUU